AUGUUAUUGCAGAUUGAAAAUGUUGGUGUGAUUGCAGUUGGAGUUGAUGAAAAGCCUCUUUCAUGCUUUGGCUGUGGCAUUGGCUGGUUUUCGUUUCUGUUGGGGUUUGUAUUUCCUCCAUUAUGGUAUUAUGCCACUGUUCUUUACUUGGGGAAGUAUUAUCUCAAAGAUCCAAGAGAGCGAUCUGGCCUUGCGGCAUCAGCAAUUGCUGCUUUGAUUUGCUCUGUUGCGCUCUUGGUUGUUCUUCUUGUUGUGUUCUUGUAG